UUCACUCAAACGAAGAAGACGCAGACGUUAUUUUUCCGGUUUCUGUUACGUCGUUUAAAUCUUCACGUUUUAACAGUGACUGAUCAAAUUAACUGAUCGAUUGAUCGCGCUGUGAUGCUGCUCUUAUGAUAUGGCUGUAGCGAUGAGCUCCACUUGUCCUGGGCUGUACUGUGGACGGAUCAUCAUAAAUGAGUCUAUUGAAGGAGAAUGUGGGGUUUGUCCUCGUGGCCAGAGGGCCGACAUGCAGAAGAUCUGUCAGAAAUGCACUGGAUCUCCGGAGCUCUAUGAUUGGCUUUACUUGGGUUUCAUGGCUAUGCUGCCAUUGGUUCUCCACUGGUUCUUUAUUGAGUGGUAUUCUGGCAAGAAAAGUUCUAGCGCACUCUUCCAGCACAUAACCGGCCUGUUUGAGUGCACCGCUGCUGCCAUAGUGACUCUGCUGCUCAAUGAUCCCGUCGGCCAGCUGUCCAUUCGCUCCUGUGAGGUUAAGAUGCUUUCCGAUUGGUACACUAUGCUUUAUAACCCCAGCCCAGACUACAUCACCACGCUGCACUGCACGCAGGAGGCUGUCUUUCCCUUAUACACUAUUGUGUUGAUCUACUACGCCUUCUGCCUGGUCUUUAUGAUGCUGCUGCGCCCCCUUCUAGUUAAAAAGAUCGCGUGUGGUUUGGGCAAGACGGACCGUUUCAAGAGCAUCUACGCAGCUCUGUAUUUCUUUCCGAUUCUUACUGUCCUGCAGGCGGUUGGAGGGGGCCUUCUGUAUUAUGCAUUCCCCUACAUUAUUUUGGUCUUGUCUUUGGUCACCUUGGCGGUUUACAUGUCUGCUUCGGAGAUACAGUCUUUCAAAAACCUUGUCGCUAAGAAGAAACGGCUGGUGGUUCUCUUCAGUCAUUGGCUGCUUCACGCGUACGGCAUCAUCUCCAUUUCCCGACUGGAUAAACUGGGGCAGGAUUUGCCUCUUUUGGCUCUGGUACCUGGACCUGCUCUCUUCUACCUGCUGACGGCCAGGUUCACAGAGCCUAAUAGAAUUCUGUCGGAGGGCGGAAAUGGACACUGAUGUCACUGUGUGUUGGAGACACGUCUUCUCGUUGAUGUAAAUGAUGCAUUCAGAUGUAGUAGAGAGAUGACUAAACUGGCACGGACACAAAAGAGCAAUAAACAAAACAUUUUGUCAUUGCUCACAAUAUAGUAUGUUGUCAUGAGGUUUGCGUUUUGUAUGCUGCUCUUACGUCUAUAAGAUUGCUUUACUGUUUGCUCGUAUCUAAGUGGAAUUUAAAAUGAAUAUGAAUCUUUUCAUAAAGAACCUCGAUGAGCGGUUUCCAUAGAACUUUAUGUCCUGAAUGAUAUACUUUCACAAUAGUGCUUCAUGUGCGCUCAUACGUAGUUAAUGUGUGUCAAUUUAUGGUCAUUAUACAGUAAAUAUCUUUUCGAUUUUGGUACUUUGUCAUAUUUUUGUAUCUAUUUUCACGAAUAGAUACAAAAACCGUGUCAUGCAAGUAUGUUAGACCUUUAUGUUAUAUAUGAAACAGCUGGUCUGUGAAUUUCUCGAGAGCCGUGAAGUAACGUUACCAUUGUUCUUAAAAAGUAAAUGAUCUUUUUUGUGCCAAAAAUAUAAUUGUCCUUUUUCACGGGCGGUUUAAGAAUGAUUGCGUAACACUACAAGAUGAAUGUUUGACAAAAAUAAUAUUUGCAUGUUGCGUUACGAGUUUUAAGUCUUGCUGAUAAAUAUGUAAAUCUGCUUUGUAUUGUGAAAAGGACUCUCAAGUAGUCCAGAUUUUCUUAAGCAUGUAUAUUUAUAUGGUUACGUUCUGCAAUUCCAUGUGAAAUAUAACACAGAGUUAAGAUAUUGUGUUUUAAAGUAUAAAAAAUGACCAGUAAAUGUAGUAUGUGAUGAUGGUGUAAGAUAUGUCUAUGGCCAUCAGAUCUAUAAACAUAAAUGUUUCACUGAUCAAAU